GUACAGAACCUUCCACCGAAACGCCAACCGCUGCACAAGCUGCCAUUGAUGCCGCUCAGCGCCUGAAAGACGGCAGCACAGACGUAAUGGGCGGCGGUUUUGCGAUUCCGCCACCAACCGCAAGCUCAGCAAUAGCAACCAUACAGCAGUUACAGAAGCAACACGGCAAUUUAGAAGCAGCAAUAGUUGUCGUCGCAGCGACAGCAACAACAAACACAAAAAUAACGAACGCCAAAACAGUUUCAGCAGUAAAUAAAGCGACACCAACGCCAUCGCAAAUGCAGGAAAAAUUGCUAGACCACAUCCAAACGGAAAACGACGACGAUCAAAAGCGUGAUAAAAACUCCAAAGUAAAGGCAACGAAGAAGCAGGACGAAGUCUCUACAGCAGUAACCAGCAAAACUUCGAGCGGACGACCCGCCUCUGCGGCGGGUAAGAGUAAAAUUUCCAAAGAGUCACGUGGCAAAUUCGCCGAUAAGUUACGACGAUCAUUUCGACGCGGCGAACACAAGUCGCUUGAAAUCAAGCGCCCCGAAUACAGCUUGGAGGGUCUCACUGGUGGCAGCAUCAGCGCGAAUCACGUGGCACAUCGAUAUUCGCCGCAAGAAACUAACAGCAGUUGCAACAGCCUCGUUGACGGUAGUGGCGGCAGUCACUUUAAUUUUGGAUACUUCGGCUUGCGAACAUUGCCGCCACUCCAGCGCAGCUCGCAGUCGAUCUUCUCUCUAACUCAUUUGCCUGGACUGAGUGGUAGUAGAGCUGGGAGUGGUAGCAUUGCGGUAGGCAGUGGCAGCAUAAGUAGUGUGUACAGUUCUACCAGCGGAGGACACAUCAAUCCAGCACUACUCUUGGAUAGCCCUGAUGCCGAUACACCACCCGAGUACGCUUACCAUCACUUAAGCAGUGUUGCCACAACGAACUCGAGUACUUCUUUGGAGAGCAAUUUUGGAGAGCAAUUUUCCGAACGCACGCCCUCUCAGUCGAGCAUUAGCUAUUGGGCGUGGCAGCAAUCCAAUUCAUCAAUGGGCGGCGAAGUGAGCACGAGUAGCAGAGGCGGCAUCGCAGCGGCGAGCGGUUCAAGUGGCAUAAUUGGAUCUGGUAGUGGGGGCGUUUGUGGAGAUGGCGGCAGUGCCGAUGCCAAAAACGUCAGCGAUUGGAAGGGGAAGGAACAACAUGAAAAGCAAAAAUUGCAAUCUCAAAGUAGCAGUAAAAGUGAUGCGCAACCACAACAAGUAAGCCGAAGUUGUAGCAUCACCAGCGAUAGCAGCUCCACGAAGCUCACGCGUCUACAAAACUUUCUUUUUAAGUCAAGCAACGAAAGCACCAGAAGCUUCCAUGCACAUUCGAAAGAAGCAUUCACAGCCUCGUCGCAUAACUCCUCAUCGGGAGAGUGGGAGAAUUUGGGCUUCACAACGACCAGUGGUAGUGGUAGUCAUGUGGCCGCAGACUUUUAUGUCGGUAGCUUUCCAGAGGAGUCCGACGACGAAAAUGGUGUUUGCACAGCGCCACCACCAACUAAUAACAAUAUGUCUGCCAGCGGGAGACCAAAGUUGAAGCGCGCCGAUUCGGGUGAGGCGGCUGGAUCAUAUUACCAGUACACACUAACCUCACCGAAUAAUCCAUUUUUGCCCGAAAUCAUCGCGCGCACCUAUCACAGUGCCUACGACAAGGAAGACGAGCCGCUCGAUGACAAUGUGACGGCCGUCAAGUACGGUAAAAGUGCGGAUGCCAUUACUACAGUGGCGAGUGCUGGCACACAUUCCGCGCAACUGCCAACACCAGCUUACAGCCGAGCGGGCUCACAAGAGUCUACACAUAGUGAUAGUGCUAUCCCAGCAGCAGCCUCGGCAAGCAGCUGUUCGCCCGCACUGCACACUUCCAGCGCGGCCUCCAGUUCAUCGUCAACACCAGGACGACAACGACGAAAGCUGUUCAUUUUGAACUCACCAACGCGACAUUUACUGCACCAACAGCCGUCACAUAAGCAGCAGCAGCAGCAACAGCAGCAGUCACAUGCAGCUACAGACGCCGCAGCUGUUUGCAAGCCCACACCAAGUACUUUCGCUUCCAGUGGCAGUAGCUUCAUAAAGAGUCUCAACCCCUUCCUCCCCGCCGCCAGCGGAAGUGCUUCAAACAAUAGCGAUGGCAUAGGCACAACAAGCGCAGCCACAACGACGGCCACAACAUCGCCUGCAGCCGUAAUGGGCGCCGCAACGAAGCGGGUACCGUUAAAGCAAUCGGCCGUGACAUCUCCAAUCGCGGUGCCGCAGGAUUUGAAUGCGAAACGCGAGGAAUUCUUGCGUGCCACAAUGAAGAUUUGCUUGGUCGUCUCGCCGCCAACCAGUAAAUUGCAGUUAAAAUCGAAAAGUCUAACACAUUUAGAUGGCCUGGAUUCGAUGGUUGCAAGUCCGCAUAGUAUUCCCGCUGGCAAAGCGACGAAUGUAGUCACAAGUUCUGAAUAUUUCUCUGUGAGUUUUUGUACUGAUCAAGGCGUCCAAGAAGAGGAAUUCAUUCCCGCAACCAAGGGUGUAACGCUUUACGGCGCUCUGAGUCAAGCUCUGAAGCGGAGAAAUCUGAGCUUCUCACAAAUCACCAUCACCGACAAUAAUCCACCAAACAGUUUUUUGGAAACUGGCUACUCUCCGCUGGCAAGUUCGCUGGAUGAAAAUACCGACGUGGAAAACUUGGCAGGGCACUAUUUGAUCAUUACUGAACGAGAUGGCAGUCGGAAGACACUGCAAAAAGCUGCUUCCUUUGGAUCCCGUACUCGUCCGCCCCGUUUACUCUCAUCCGCAUCGACGGAAGAAACCAGCGAGGCCGCUGUGCCAGGGAAGCAGCUAAAACAACGCUGGUCCGGUCUGUUCGGCAUCAAAAACCCGCAACAGAGUCAACUAUGCGAGCUACUCAAUAAUUACGCGAAGAAUGGUGUACCACAAAAGACAGCUUCGCUGAAUUUCGAUCAUCCGGAUUUCGAUGCGGCCUUGGAAUAUUUAGACAACAUGCACAAAUCGUGGAAGGAUAUUGUCGACAGCGCCGACAUGAAUGACAACGAAACGAGAAUACAGACUGCCAUUUGGGAGUUGGUCACCACUGAAGUGUACUACAUACACGCCCUGCAAACGGUGACUGAUCUCUUUCUUGCGUGCUUGGAGGCGGUGCAAGAGGAACGCCUUCUUACCGAUGUCGAUCAGCAUCGGCUCUUUUCGAAUGUGCGCGACAUAUGCGAAGCAAACCUCAAGUUUUGGAUAAUUUACCUCUACCCAAUGGUGGCGCAUAGUAUUGCCACGCGCGAACCACUACGCAUCUCAUUUUUCCAUCAGGGUUUCGUUGCUUUUGCCUCCAUCUUCGCACCAUACAAAAAGUACUGUGCCGAGCAGAGUACCUGUCAGUUCUACUGUAAGGAACUAAAUCGGAAUAAUGCGCUCUUCACUUCUUACUUGGCCUGGUGCGAAUCACAAAAAAUGUGUAAUCGGCUACGAUUGGCUGACAUUAUAGUGCGGCCGAUGCAACGAUUGACGAAGUACAGUCUUCUUUUGGCAGCGAUAAAAAAACACAUGUCGGAUGUAGAACUGGUAGAAGCGGUCGAUACAAUGAUUCAUUCCGUGGAGAAUUUUGUUUUUAGUGUAAAUAAUCACUUGACAACCCGCCAAGAGAAUGAACGUUUGAAGGGUGUUAUGGCGCGCAUUGAGUCUUAUGAUGUAGUGGAUACCAAUAAUGAACACCUGGACAAAAUGGUAAAGCAAUAUAGUCAAAUGUUCGAUUUGUGUGCCCCCAUGAAGGGUUGUCCCGCCCAUCAGGUGCGUCAUCUCUUCAUGGAGGGUGACCACAAAUUCAAAGACAAUCUCGGCAAAGCCGACGUGCACUGUUUCCUGCUUACCGACAUGCUGCUCGUCUGCAAGGCAAUUGCAAAGCGUGGUCUCGGCUCGCUCAAGGUGAUUCGGCAACCAUACUUAACAGAUCGGCUCAUCGUGCAACAAAACAAUAACGUUUUAAAUUGUGUCUACCUCAAUGAGUUUCAAGUAGCCAUAACUGCAUUCACUCUACAAUGUUCCGAGGCCAAGAAUUGGUAUGAGUCAUUGAAACGUGCUAAAAUGAUCUACACGAGACUGAAGCAGGGUACCGGCAAUUGGGAUAGUUUGCGUUUCGGUGGAAGUGGGCCAAGUGUUGGCACAGUCGACUCCCUUGGUGUGAAAAAGUCGCCAAUGAAUUCAUCAAUAUGCAGUCGUGUAUCUAGCGCUAACAAUAGUCACAGCGGUUCGGUGGAGUGGAAUGAUUCGCGCAACAUAUCUGUGGACUUUGAAAAGACUAACUCUUUAUCCAGUGAAGAUGGUUCGAUGGGCAAAAAUCUUACAUCCGUUCCUCUUAAGCUAAAAGUGAAUACCGCUUCGGCGAAUACACUUUCUGUACAACCACUUAAUCACCUGGGUCAGAGUCUGCCGAAUCUAAAUCUCAACCAUAGCCAUACUAAUCUAUAUUAUACUUAUAGUAAUAACACUUUACUGGUGCCCGGCACUACAACUAGUCAUUCGGGUAAUUUAUUACUAUCGCCUAGUCAUAGAGGCAUCUCGUAUCCACCGCCUAGUCCAACGAGGGUCCCACUUCGGCGUGGUAUGGCCUUUUCUACCUCCACCAAGAACCCGCCGCUAGUCAAAACUCGCAAUAUUACAUCACAGAAUAGCUUUAACUGGCCUCAAAUACAGGCCACGUCUACGUCAGUCAACCCACAUCAGCUACACAAUGCGCCAGGAAAUACUGCGAUCGCAAGAUAUACGCCGAAUACAGCACUUUCGACUCAACUUAACCAAUCAAAAUGUCAUAGCACUAACGAAUAUACAAGUACAACGAGCGCCGGCACAUCAGCGUUGACGGCAGUACAACUGUCCUGUGAAAAUUUGACAGAUGCAACUUGUCAGCAGCAGCAGCAGCACCAGCAGCAUUACGCUUCCAACGAAACCGAUGUCUGAUUUGUUGGCAAUGAGGUACCAACAAAAGCGACCGUGAUUAUAUAUAUUGAAUAGUAUUAAAUAAAAUGCGGUAACCAAUACCAAAAGGAUGUCUGCUCGUCAAUCGGCCGAAUGGCAAAGCUCCGAAGAGGGUCGCAGAUGGUAAUUCUGAAAAUGGUACUCAAACCGCCAGCCAGUGUCGAUGGUCCAACAUACAAAUGUACAUAUGUUUAUAUACAUACAUACAUUAUACUGUGGGUAGUAUUAGUAAUAUUUGUGUAG